ACUCACACUACAUGACUUGCUAGUCUCCUGAUUGUAAGGUUGUGCAAACUUUUGCACUUUACCGUAAUUAUAUUAACUAUAUAUUACGGUAAAAGUAGUGUAUAUGAGUUAUAACGUGGCCCAUGUUGAGACACUGCGCAUGCGCACUGCAAAUCCGGCCAUAUUUUCACUUUCACUUUGUAGUUCUAUGAAGUAAAAAGGUAAAAGAAACACCGACCGAAUAAACCGAUUAAAAUACAAACAUUUCCACUAUCAAAUGUUUAGAAAUGUAUCACGCAGCUAUAAUGGAGAGCAGAGAGCAGCUGUAGUGCCGUCGUCGAAUGACGCCAUCACGCCGUUGCGUCAAAACCGGAAAAGUAAAUAAGGAAGCGUAGAUAUUAUUAAACAUGGUAGUAGGGAAUAAGCUCGAUGCGAAGAUUUAAUUCUUAGAAUUAAUGAAUCACUUUUACAGUCAUUUUACAGCCAUGGGUUGUGUUUGGUGCGCUGUUGUCGGUUGUGGUGUAAUGGCGGUGCUAACAGCUGGAGCGCUUUUAACCGGAAUGAUGCAUGGUGUGUUUGUGGCUCUCUGCGCUGUAGCUCUAAGCAUAGCUGCCGCUCUCUAUGUCGAGUGCGUGAGGGCAGACAGGCGCAGUGUGUGCAGUGUCGUGCGUCACUACCUGUCAGUUAGGUGUGUGAGUCGAGCAGGGAGAAAUCAGAGAGACGCGCUGGAGAGAGACACACUGAAUGUACGGAGAGCACAGGAAGAGACGCUGCUCAGACGACUGAGAGACACAAAACGCACACGAUAUGGACUUGAGUAUCACUUUGACUCUCUCACAGACACCACAGAAUUCAGAAAGUGUCACCCCAUCACCACAUACAAACAUUACGAGGAGCUCAUACGGCGAGUCGCCUCCGGAGAGAAAAAAGCCAUUGUCAUGGGGGCACCCAUCCUAACAAUGACAUCAGGGACAGCAAGAUGCAGCAAGAUGCUCUGGAACAAAGAAACCAACAGUGACUACUUCUUACAGGGCGUCUCAGUGUGUGUAGACGUCAUGAGGAAGUCGUUUCCGGAAACGACGAGUCUCCAGCCGAAAGUCAGGCUAUUUUACCCAAUGGAUGAGCGUUACUCUGAAGCAGGAGUACGAAUUGUAGCAAUGCCGUUUUCCUCUGAACUCACUCACCAUGGCUGCACGAGUCCCCCAGCCAUCUUAGAGGUGCAGAAUGAGCACAAUGCUCUGUACCUUCACCUGCUCUUCGCUCUGAUGGAUCGUCACGUUGGCAUCCUAGAGUCCAGGUUCUCCUGUGUUGUGUUUGAUGCCUUCAGACUCCUGGAGGAGCAUUGGGAGGACCUGGCUGAUGAUGUGGAAUCAGGUCGGAUCAGCUCCAGGAUUGUUCUUGAUGCCUGGCUCAGGUCAAAACUAGAAAAGGGAAUGAAACCAGAUCCUGUUAGAGGUGACGAACUCAGAACUGCCAUCAGCAAGGGUUUUGAAGGCAUUGCUCUCAGACUAUGGCCUCGUUUACACCUGAUUCACACCGUUGACUCAGGACCACAUCAGAUUUAUGGGGAGAGUCUCAGGCUGCACUACUGCAGGGGCGUGCCCUUCUAUUCACCGCUCUACGCCACCACAGAAGGUCUGAUCGGAGUGAAUCUGUGGCCGCUCCAGGAGAGCAGACGCUAUCUGCUCUGUCCUCGCUCCAUGUUCUUUGAGUUUCUACCAGAGGAACAUUUAGAUGCACAACAUGGACCAAACACACAAAACUCAUUCAAUACACUCAGCACCCUGCUCAUGGAUGAGGUGAAGGAGGGGAAGAACUAUGAGCUGAUCGUCACCAACGCCUCAGGGCUGUUCAGGUAUCGACUUGGAGAUGUAGUGAAAGUGGUCGCAUUUCACAACCAGUGUCCAGUGGUGGAGUUUCUUUACAGACUAAGUGAGACGCUAAAUAUUCGAGGUGAAAAAGUGAAUGAAGCCUUGUUUUUGGCUGCUCUAAAGAAAGCAGUGACACAGUGGCCCGGUGCUAAAUUGGUGGAUUACUGCUGUGCCGAGAGUGGAAUUCUGGGAGACUCAUCAGGAGGAGCUCAGCCUCAUUACCAAGUGUUCCUGGAGCUGAAAGGUGUCAGGAAUCUCACCGAGGAGCAGCGAUAUAAGCUGGACAUGUCUCUGCAGGCUGACUCCACCGUCUACAGGUCAUUCCGCAUCAAAGGCAGCAUCGGACCAAUGAGAGUGCAGCUCGUUAGCAAGGGGGCGUUCCAGGAGCUGAAGAGUUACAUGGUCUCCUUCUGCCACACCUCCAGAGACAUGUUUCAGAUGCAGCGUGUCAUCCGCAAGAAAGAGUAUGCUGACUUCCUGCUGAGGAAAACUGUUUCCUGAUACACAGAUUUGCAUCAUGGGAGACAGUGCACACACUCAGAAACACUUACACAGUUUCCAAAGCCAGAGAAUUGAGUGAAACACAACGUAAAUACACACAAUCCUUCUGUGAAUAAGAAACAAAUUUACAGAGUUAAAUAUCGACUGCUAGAGUGUUUGUAGUCAAAGUGUAGCUUAACAAACUGUAUCACUGUAUCAAGAAUUUUAUUUAGGAAACUGAUUAAAGUUAGCAAAAUGUUAUCCAUGUAUUCUUAAGGAUUAGCAGAAAAGACUAACAUUUUCAAAUUAGUGUAACUCUGGAAGGCUCUUGUAGCUCGCCGUCCUGUCAUUGGCUAAGGGAUGCUAAUCCUGCGACUGUCCAACUUUACAGCGCAGUGGAUGUCUAGGUUGCGGCCUGCUGAAGAAAGUUAUAUAAACAAUGUGACGUAAACAAAAGAAUUACUUCUUCAGGGGAGUGAGAUUUAUUAUUUCCAUUCAUUAAAGCAGUGUAUAUGAGGGCAUGCUCGCUAACUAGCAAGCUAAACCUGUUAUAUUGUUAGUCCACUGAUGUGAACGUGAGCUACUGACCCGGGAUGAAACACUGAAGUGACGGAGCUCUGCAGAACGAAAUAUAUUUCUCUUUAAACUGCCUGUAA